CCACAGUCUCCCCACCUCUUCCUGCAAAAUGUGAGCUCUCUUUUGCACCAGUCCCUUCGGGUCCUGAAUGAGAAGAAGCGAGAGGCAGCGGGGCUGGGCUGUAGAGGCUGCUGCUCUGAACAUCGCUCGCUGGCUCCGCUGCACACCUCAUGAGUGAAUAAUCGCUCUCACCUCCUCUGAGCUGCAGAGAGAAGCGAAAGCCGGCUGCCCGCGGCUUUCUCCAGCAAUCCUAAGGUGCUCUCUCGGAGAGGCAGGACUGAGCCCUCUGUUAAUGACUGACAUCAUCAGGGAAAUACUCCUGCUUGGCUUUUUUGGCUACAUUCCCCCGGCCCCCGCCACAGCCGGGGCAGUAUCCUGAUGGGGAAGCUGAUCUCCAAAGGCUGGCGGAAAAGCGAUGCCCGAGUUAUCAUGCUGGGGCUCGACUUCGCUGGCAAAUCCACCCUUCUGUACAAACUGAAGAGCGGCCAGGCUGUGGAGACCUGCCCCACGGUGGGGUUCAACGUGGAGGCUCUGCAGACGCCCUGCGGCGUGUCCUUCACCCUGUGGGACGUGGGCGGACAGGACAGCCUGCGGGCCAGCUGGCCUCACUACCUGGAGGACAUCAGCACCCUCAUCUUCGUGCUUGACAGCACGGACACGGCGCGGCUGGCAGAAGCGAAGGCAGCGCUGGAGGAGGCGCUGGGCCACCCCGGCAUGGCUGGCGUGCCUGUGCUCCUGCUGGCCAACAAGCAGGACGUGCCGGGAGCGCUGGCCCCCGCCGAGCUGGCGGAGGGGCUGCGGCCGGGGCCGCUGGCCGGACACCGCUGGAUGCUGCGGGGCUGCAGCGCCCACAGCGGGCAGGGCCUGCAGGAGGUGCUGGCCAUCCUGGGAAUACUGCUGCGGGGCUAGGGCAGGGCUCCCAGGAGCAGGCAGACGGGAGGCAAGCUCCAGAGCAAACCUGAGCCUCACGUGGGCCCUUCCCACUCACGGCUGCCAGCAGGUCUGUCACGGAGGAUUCCGGCCCCUGCAAGGAGCAGAGCUGCAGCUGGCACACGCUGGGGAUCACCCAGCUCCUCACCACCACAACCCGCCAGGAGCAUCUCUGAGCAGGACUCCCGUCGUGGAGCAGUUCCAUCUCCUGGAUUCUCAUCUCUGGCUGCAGCCUGUCCCACUGUCACCACGUUCCAUUCAUCCACCGCACUUGUGUGUCCAGAGGGUCAGCAAGGAUGCUGUUUAACACUUAUGAAUUGUAACAGAGAUGUGUGCAAGGGACAGAAGUUUUCUUCAGAUUUCUUCUAUUCUGCAGCUGCCAGUCCAGAUGCAUCUAUCCACGAGGGGAGCUUGCAUGUGCCCCAUGCUGCUUCUCUCAGCACGAAUCACAUGUUCCUUGGGUGGGAACGCAGAAAGGCACUGAAAGGAAUGGCUGAAAGGGAGCAGAGUAAGCUCAGGAGUUUAAAUGGCCGAGCAGCUAUUUGGUUUUAGUGUGGCAUCUACGGGUAUAAUAAUCUUCAAUCUAUGGAAGCAAGCCAGGCUUUGAUGGUGUAAUGCAGUUCGAAGAUGUGUGUAUAUUAGUUUGUGCAUUUCUUCUGAUGGUUCUUUCUUUCUCCAUUCAUCAUUUUUAUCACAGAAUUAUUUAAUGAAAAUGGUCUCUCAUUUUCCUUGGAUUAUGUUUAAAUAUAAAGAAGUCAGACCUGACUUAAAGAUGCUUGGAAAUACUUCUCCAUGGCCAGUCAACUUCUAGAUAUCCCCAUGGUGGCCCAAACAGCCAAGACAAAACCCUGUCUCUCAGAUUUUUGAAACUGCAUGGGACCACUCCACAUGCAUUCAUGCAUUUGUUGGUAACCAUGGGCACUUAUGGGCACAGGCAGGUUGGUGACCAAAGGUCUCUCCACACUCAGCUGUGUCCAGGGCAAAUGAAAACACCCCUGGCAGCUCACAAGAGGAUCAGGUCCCAUGUGGCAGUGAUGGUCUUUGUCCAAUCCUGCUCAACCUACCAUUGGAAAGAUCUAUAAAAUGUGUGCCUGGGGCUCCCUGUAUCCAAGAUUCUGUUUUCCAGAGUUAAAAUUAAAAUACUUCAUAGUAGUCCCUACUUCAUUAUUAAGUGGAUGGAGGAAGGGGAGAGAUGGGAUACAACAUUUUUAUUUCUAUUUUUCAUUUUUGUUUCUAUUCAGAAAUCAGCUGCUUUCAAGGAACAGCAUACUCAGCCUAGAAACACCAAGGAGAAAUACAUGGUAAAAUCCUCUUCUGUUCAUAUCAAAGCAUUUUACAGUUGUUGAAUUAAUUGUCCAGCUGUUACUGGUGCUGUUAUUAGCCACACUUCAUAGAAGGCAGCAGCAGGAAUAGAGAGCUCAAACAGUCACGAAGAAACAGAAUCAGCCAUUUGUAGGAAAGUCUCAAUAAAAGAAUCCUUCCCAACUGUCUUAGCUGCAUUAAUGUAAAAUUACUACGUGCUAUAAAACAGUGCUGCAGCGUCGAUGUGGCCUAAGCAAUCACAGUUAUGAGUAUAUUUAAACAGCACUGAAUCAUGUAAUCAAUUAUAUGACCUGUGUGCAUGGUGAGGAGGACAAAAUCACGUCCUCAGAUCUUUGCAGGUGACAUAAGCUGGUUGAUCUACCUUCAGCUUGUUGCAGGUGGUCAUUUUUUGCCUCUAGCACACAAGGCUCCAAAUGACCUGUUGGCCAUUUUGGACACAAGUUCUAGAGGCACAACACAGAAGGCUCUGUGCUGCAUUGCCAUGCCAAAAAAAAUUGUCCUUGGUGAGUUUGCUGGUGUUUUGGUCUUGUGUCUCACAUGGCACAAAUCAGAGAAUUGUGCAUUAAGGUAAAUACAACAGAGACUGAAAGGCUGUUGCGGUGAUGUCUUACUCCUAAGUGUCCCUUGAUGCCUGCAUUUGGCUCUACAGGAUUGACUGCUGGUAGUUAAAAGAGACACUGAAGCCUUCCCAUUUGUC